GUCAAUGCAUUCCGAGAACGGAGAGCCCUUGCUUUGUCUCUCAACGACACAAAAACAGCUGUAAACACACUCCACCAUAUGUUGAAUGUCCUUGUGGGAAUGGUCAUAGUGGUUAUCUGGCUUCUUAUACUCAAGGUUACCACUACCCAUUUCCUUAUCUUUUUAAGCUCCCAGCUUCUUUUGGUGGUCUUCAUGUUUGGAAACACAUGCAAGACAACAUUUGAGGCAAUCAUUUUCUUAUUCGUAAUGCAUCCAUUUGAUGUGGGUGAUCGCGUUGAAGUGGAAGGAGUUCAGAUGAUAGUCGAAGAGAUGAAUAUAUUGACAACGGUUUUUCUGAGGUAUAUUGAAAAUAAGAGCGAGCACUGGUACCCAGCUCCGAUGAUAGUCCUGAGGGACGUGGAGGACAUGAACAGGCUGAAAAUAUCAUUGUGGCUUUCACACACAAUGAACCACCAGGACAUGGGUGAGAGGUGGGCAAGGAGGGCUCUUUUGAUUGAGGAGAUGAUCAAAGUGUUCACGGAGCUUGAUAUUCAAUACCGAAUGCUGCCCUUUGACGUUAAUGUGCGACAAAUGCCAGCUCUGACUUCAAACAGGCUUCCCUCCACUUGGGCUGUUUGUGCUAGCUGAUCAUACAUGAAAAAUGAGCAGUCUGCGAUUUCAUGUCAGAUGUUGGACAUGUAGCAGCAAUGCUCGUUGGAUCAGGAGGGGGAAGUACUAGGUAUUGGGAGGUUUAGACUGCGAACCGUACAUUGUGACCUUGAUUAGAAAAAGGGGCAAUAUCAAUGUUGCAUUCAGACAUGCACAUGAGUUUUCUAGCCUGGUAACAUCAUAUAGCACAUAUAGGAUAGAUUUAUGCGGAUAUAUCUGUGUGUGGGGGCAAAGUAUUAUUUUUCUUAUUCGAAGUUUUCUAUGCUGAAGAGUGAAUACAUUCGAAAAUUG